AUGUAACAAAAAACACAAAGAAGAGGAAAACCGAGUUAAUUGGAAGUGAUUCAAGCAAACACUGAUGUCUGGCUUUUUAAUGAAAGAUGCUUAGAAUUAUAUUUAUUACUCUAGGAAGAAGCGCAUUAUUUCCCAUAUUGUUCACGCAAGGGCGAAUCAUUGAGUCCAGAGGAUGAAAAGAAGAAGAAUCGCGUGAUGGUAGCAGCAGAGUCACUUGGAAUAAAUGUCCAUCCAGAUAAAGCUAUUGUGUUAUUUUUUAAAACAGAAUAAUCUUUGGGGGAAUAAUACAAUCACUAAUUAAUGGCUGAGCUUUUGGAUACAUUGAAAAAGGUGAAUGCUGAAAAAUUAAUCUAAUUGAGUUACUAGCUUAAUGACAGCUUCAUUCAAGAACUUAUAACCAUAAUCAAAUAUAGAAAUGUUGAAGAAGUUUUAGCUAGGAACCUAUUGAAUGAUGAAUUACAUCCUGAUCAUAAAUUUUAGAUAGUUAAGAAUGCUUAUUUACACCAUGUUAAAGUGAAUGAGACGCCAUUAACGUUUGUAGAAUUUCUUAGUUCACAUGAAGCAACUCAAAGAGUAAAAAGAUUUGCUUAAAAGAUUAACGAAACAAUCUUUCUGUAUAGCAAUUGGCAAUGGAUAUAAUGAUAUACCAUUAGAUUAUUAUAUUAUAUUUAUAUUUAUAUUAUUUAUUUA